CAUUUCAAAUGUUUUGUGUCUCUGCAGCGUCUAAAAAGCCUCUUCCUCAGCUACCAGAUCCAGAGAUGGGGCUGAGUGAAUUAGGAGAUCAGAUGGUCAUUGCUCUGCAAGACUACAUGCCGCUCAGAGACGACGAUCUGCCGCUUCAGAAAGAUCAGGAGUAUCGGCUGAUUAACAGCUCCCACUCAGACUGGUGGACCGUGCAGGAUGACAGGGGAAAUGCAGGGUUUGUGCCCAGCAUACUUGUAGCGGAGAAGAAUGGCAAAAACUUUGAGCGAUUCGAAUGGUACAACAAACACAUUAGUAGAUGGGAAGCAGAGGAGUUGUUAAUGAAAGAGGGAAAAGAAGGAGCGUUCAUGGUGCGUGACUCAAGACAAGUAGGAGUUUACACCGUAUCGGUUUUCACCAAAGCUCCAGGAUCGAACGGAGAGAAGAACCCCAGAGUGAAACAUUAUCAAAUACGGCAGACAGACACAGAGAAGAAAGCGUUUUACUUGGCAGAGAAAUAUCUGUUCAGCACCAUUCCUGAGCUGAUCCAUUACCACCAACACAACGCUGCUGGUCUGAUAACGAGAUUGAGACACCCCGUCACCAAAGGAGAACGAAGCUCCCAGGAAAUCACUGAUCCGUCAAAAGAUCAAUGGGAGAUAAACCCAGAGGAGCUGGAUCUGGGUCAGAAGAUCGGCUGCGGACAGUUUGGGCUCGUCUUGGAGGGGAAGUGGAGGGACAGGAAGGUGGCAGUGAAGAUGGUGAAAGAGGAGUGCAUGUCAGACGAGGACUUCAAAGAAGAGGCGCAGGUCAUGAUGAGGUUGUCUCACUGUAAGCUGGUGCAGCUGUAUGGCGUGUGCACGCAGCGCUCCCCCAUGUGUCUGGUGUUUGAAUACAUGGAGAACGGCUGCCUGUCAGACUACCUGCGCGAGAAGAAAGGUCGUCUGUCUCAGGAUCUGAUGCUGGGAAUGUGCCUGGACGUCAGCGAGGGGAUGGCGUACCUGGAGAGCUCCAACUUCAUCCACAGAGAUCUGGCUGCAAGGAACUGUCUUGUUUCGAAGAACAAUGAGGUGAAGGUGUCUGAUUUUGGCAUGACCAGGUUUGUUCUUGAUGAUCAGUACACAAGUUCCCAAGGCUCCAAGUUUCCUGUCAAGUGGUCGGCCCCAGAGGUCAUCAAGUACUCGAAGUUCAGCAGCAAGUCCGACGUCUGGUCAUUUGGUGUGCUCAUGUGGGAGGUGUACAAUGAGGGGCGUCUUCCCUACGAGAACCGCUCUAAUUCAGAGGUGGUGGAGUCCCUGAACUCCGGCCUGAGGCUCCUGAAGCCGCGGCUGGCCCCGGACGCCGUCCACAUGCUGAUGGAGUGGUGCUGGAAGGAGAAACCAGAAGAUCGUCCGUCGUUUGCUCUGCUCCUGCAUGAACUGGCCGCCCUCUCUGACCUCUGAGCUGAAUCAAGAUUAAAGAUCAUUUUAAGCACAUUUUUAUUUAUUUAUUUAUUCAGUCAU